UAUCACUCGCUAGCUCACUCGCAUUUUCCGCCUGCUGUUGCUGCGGCGCUGCCGGCCGCCUGAAGCUUCGCUUCCCUCUUCCCUCUAGCUCUCGGUUUCCUUCCCUGCCCGCUGACUUCUCAGGACUCGGAUCCCCCCGGCGGCUUCACUUGCUCCCGGCGGCUCGGACUCUUGGGUCCUCCGCUGUUAGAAAAGGAGGAUCUCGCUCCCUCCCUCCCUCCCUCUCUCCGUGUCUCUUCUCUCGCGCGCUCUCUGGUCUUGCUCCCUUUUCUUCUGCACUGAGGCAGCUGAAUGCUGUGCGCCCGCUAGCCCAGCGGCCCCGAGCCGAGCUGCUGCUGCCCGCUCAGCUCCGCUGCGUCCCGGCUGGCUCCGAGCCGAGCGCCGCCGCCACCGCGGGGCUCCGUGCCCAGGACUGACUGUUGGCCUGGCCGCAGGGGCUGAGCCCAGGGUGCCUCUGCCUCUGCCCCAGGGUAGGGCGGGCAGCUCGGGAGGAUCCAGCUCCAGGUAGCGGCUUUCCUCCCUCUCCAGCCCAAGCUCUACUUUCUAAGGCUGGAAGAACAGAACAAUUUUCUUCUUAACACCACAUGAUGAAAAGCCAACAGCCUUCGUGUCUCUCUCUGCAGUGAGCAAUUGAAGGACCAUCCAUCAGGACCUGUGAAUCCUAUGAAACAUAGACCACGGGCUGUUGGAUAUCCCUUUGGCUGCUGGUCACUCUCUGGCAUGGAUCGUGGAAUCUUCUGGAGUCACUGAGUUUCAUCCCUGGGACAGCAUUCCUAGUGUCCAUGAAAACAAGACAUCAUGGUCUGGCCCCUUGGAUCUCAUGGGAACUCCCCAAAGCUUUGCUCCUAACCCGAUCCCUGUGAGAACCUUGGGGGAACCUGGAGCAGAAGCCCAUGCUGCAGGACCUCGCUAAAGCCAGGAGUUUCUGUCUGCUGUUCAUGGGUCUUUAGGACUUUCCUUCCCUUUCUGUCCUUUGGCGAUGACUAGGAAGAGCCAAGGCUGCUGGUGCCUGCAGUGGCUGCCUCUUCUGCUGUUUCUCAGCCUGAGCUUUUUUUGGGUAGCCCCCUCCCUGGGCAAACCCAGAGGCCAGGGUCACCCCCACAUGAACUCUAUCCGGAUUGAUGGAGACAUCACUCUUGGGGGCCUAUUCCCAGUUCACGGAAGGGGUUCUGAAGGUAAAGCCUGUGGGGAGCUUAAGAAAGAGAAAGGCAUCCACCGGCUGGAGGCCAUGCUGUUUGCACUUGACCGGAUCAAUAAUGAUCCUGACCUACUGCCCAAUAUCACACUGGGUGCCCGCAUCCUGGAUACCUGCUCCAGGGAUACCCAUGCUCUAGAGCAGUCCCUGACUUUUGUGCAGGCCCUGAUCGAAAAGGACGGCACUGAGGUGCGUUGCAUCAAUGGAGGCCCACCCAUCAUCACCAAGCCAGAGCGUGUGGUGGGUGUCAUCGGGGCAUCGGGCAGUUCAGUCUCCAUCAUGGUGGCCAACAUCCUUCGCCUCUUCAAGAUCCCUCAGAUCAGCUACGCCUCCACCGCUCCCGACCUGAGUGACAACAGCCGUUAUGACUUCUUCUCCCGGGUCGUGCCCUCAGAUACAUACCAGGCUCAGGCCAUGGUGGACAUCGUCCGUGCUCUCAAGUGGAACUAUGUCUCCACCCUGGCCUCAGAGGGAAGCUAUGGCGAGAGCGGGGUGGAGGCCUUCAUCCAGAAGUCCCGUGAGGAUGGAGGAGUAUGUAUAGCCCAGUCAGUGAAGAUUCCCAGGGAGCCAAAGCCUGGGGAAUUUGACAAAAUCAUUCGUCGCCUGCUGGAGACCUCCAAUGCCCGGGCAGUCAUCAUCUUUGCCAAUGAAGAUGACAUCAGGCGAGUGUUGGAGGCAGCCAGGAAGGCCAAUCAGACGGGCCACUUCAUCUGGAUGGGCUCGGACAGCUGGGGCUCCAAGAUCUCUCCGGUGCUGCAUUUGGAAGAGGUGGCUGAAGGCGCUGUCACCAUCCUCCCCAAGAGGAUGUCUGUGAGAGGUUUCGACCGUUACUUCUCCAGCCGGACCCUGGACAACAAUCGACGAAAUAUAUGGUUUGCUGAGUUCUGGGAGGAUAACUUCCACUGUAAACUGAGCCGGCACGCUCUGAAGAAGGGUAGUCACAUCAAAAAAUGCACUAAUCGAGAGCGCAUUGGGCAGGAUUCAUCCUAUGAGCAGGAAGGGAAGGUGCAGUUCGUGAUCGAUGCUGUCUAUGCCAUGGGCCAUGCUCUGCAUGCUAUGCACCGAGACCUGUGCCCUGGAAGGGUGGGACUGUGCCCCCGCAUGGACCCCGUGGAUGGUGUGGAGCUGCUUAAAUACAUUCGCAACGUUAAUUUCUCAGGCAUUGCUGGGACCCCGGUCACUUUCAAUGAGAAUGGAGAUGCCCCUGGUCGUUAUGACAUCUAUCAGUAUCAGAUCCGGAAUGCUACCCCUGAAUAUAGAGUCAUCGGCUCCUGGACAGAUCACCUGCACCUCAAAAUGGAGCGCAUCCAUUGGCCAGGCGGGGGCCAGCAGCUCCCCAGCUCCAUCUGCAGCCUCCCCUGCCAGCCGGGCGAGCGGAAGAAGACGGUGAAGGGCAUCCCGUGCUGCUGGCACUGUGAGCCGUGCACUGGCUACCAGUAUCAGCAGGACCGCUACACCUGCAAGACCUGCCCGUACAACAUGCGCCCCACCGAGAACCGCACGGGCUGCCAGCCCAUCCCCAUCGUCAAGCUGGAGUGGGGCUCCCCCUGGGCCGUGCUCCCGCUCUUCCUGGCGGUGGUGGGCAUCGCGGCCACGCUCUUCGUGGUGGUCACCUUCGUGCGCUACAACGACACGCCCAUAGUCAAGGCGUCGGGCCGCGAGCUGAGCUACGUGCUGCUGGCCGGCAUCUUCCUGUGCUACGCCACCACCUUCCUGAUGAUCGCCGAGCCGGACCUGGGCACCUGCUCGCUGCGCAGGGUCUUCCUGGGGCUGGGCAUGAGCAUCAGCUACGCCGCGCUGCUCACCAAGACCAACCGCAUCUACCGCAUCUUCGAGCAGGGCAAGCGGUCGGUGAGCGCCCCGCGCUUCAUCAGCCCCGCCUCGCAGCUGGCCAUCACCUUCAGCCUCAUCUCCCUGCAGCUGCUGGGCAUCUGCGUCUGGUUUGUGGUGGACCCCUCGCACUCGGUGGUCGACUUCCAGGACCAGCGGACGCUGGACCCUCGCUUCGCCCGGGGCGUCCUCAAGUGUGACAUCUCGGACCUGUCCCUCAUCUGCCUGCUGGGCUACAGCAUGCUGCUCAUGGUCACCUGCACCGUGUACGCCAUCAAGACACGCGGCGUGCCCGAGACGUUCAACGAGGCCAAGCCCAUCGGCUUCACCAUGUACACCACCUGCAUCGUCUGGCUCGCCUUCAUCCCCAUCUUCUUCGGGACCUCACAGUCAGCGGACAAGCUGUACAUCCAGACAACAACGCUGACUGUUUCGGUGAGCCUGAGCGCCUCUGUAUCCCUGGGGAUGUUGUAUAUGCCCAAAGUCUAUAUUAUUCUCUUCCACCCUGAGCAGAAUGUGCCCAAACGCAAACGAAGUCUCAAGGCUGUGGUCACUGCCGCCACCAUGUCCAACAAGUUCACUCAGAAGGGGAGUUUCCGACCCAAUGGGGAGGCCAGGUCUGAGCUCUGUGACAACCUCGAGGCCCAAGCUCUGGCGACCAAACAGACCUAUGUCACCUAUACCAACCAUGCAAUUUAGUUGGAGUCCCUUGCAGCUGCCAGGUUUGAAGAGAAGGAAGAGGAAAAGAAGGAGAGAAUGAAAAUGUUAUAGUCUCCUGUCCAGACAGGGCUGUGAUCUCUUGUGAUCUCCAGGCACCCCAGGAGUUGCCUCGAUUGUCUUGGGAGCUUGGGGAAGAGGCUUGGUGCUCACAAAGCAAGAACCCCAGUGCCUGGGGGUGGUAGCAGAGCCAGGUCAAGGGGCCGGAGGAAGAGGCCUGGGGGAGCUGGUACUCUGCUCCCCGGAUCCUGGUUCUUUGACGAAUUGUCUUUUCCUGCCCCAAACAAUAGGAGGUUAUAUUCAUUUGUGUUAAACCUAUUGACUUCUCUUGUUCUCUUCUCUCUUCUGUCUUUGUCUUUGUCUGUCUCUCUUUCUCUUAUUCUGU